UCAGGCAGCUCGAAAGCCACUCUGUUUUGGGGUCCUCACUGCUCUUCCACGUCUCCCGGAAGAGUAGCUGAGCCGCCGCUGGUGGGGGACUGGGUUUGCUCAGCCUGGGCCCUUUCCCGGCCGGCUGUUGAGGGGGCGGCCCGGGAGGGAAAGGAGGCCGCGCGCAGCAGCCGCUUCAGAGUCCUCAGGUGCACCAGUAGGAUUAUUCUGCUGCCAUCAUGUCCUGGUUUGCUGAUCUUGCUGGGAAGGCAGAAGAUCUUUUAAACAGAGUUGAUCAAGGAGCUGCAACGGCUCUUAGUAGGAAAGAGAACACCAGCAACAUCCCUUAUAGCAAAAAUACUGACUAUCCCGAGCUUCACCAGCAAAAUGCAGAUUUGACUCAUCAGACGGGAUCUAAAACUACUUAUAUUUCCUCAGCAGCUGAUAACAUUAGAAAUCAAAAAGCCACCAUCUUAGCUGGCACCGCAAAUGUGAAAGCAGGAUCUCGGACGUCAGGGGAGGCGUCCCACCCUGUUGAAAAUGCAUCUGUUCCUAGGCCUUCAUCCCAGUUUGUGCGAAGAAAAAAGUCAGAACCUGAUGAUGAACUGCUGUUUGAUUUUCUUAAUAGUUCACAGAAGGAGCCUACUGGAAAAGUGGAAAUCAAAAAAGAGAGGGGCAAGACACCUGUCUUUCAGAGUUCUCGGACAGGUGUCAAUUCUGUGAACACCGGUGUGCCCACCGUCAAAACCGUUGAGGAGGAUCCUGGGAGCCAAGGCCAUGAAGCCGCCACUAAUUCAGUUUCUGGCCAUGAAGGGCAAGAGGAUUCUUCAAAGGAAAAUAUAUCACCCAACGCUGCCUGUGCUGAUCACAACCCAACACCUAAUGAUGACGGCAAAUCACAUGAACUGUCUAACCUUCGACUAGAAAAUCAACUGCUGAGGAAUGAAGUUCAGUCUUUAAAUCAAGAAAUGGCCUCACUGCUUCAGCGAUCCAAGGAAACUCAGGAAGAAUUAAACAAAGCAAGAGCACGAGUUGAAAAGUGGAAUGUUGACCAUUCAAAGAGUGAUCGAAUAACUCGAGAACUUCGAGCCCAGGUCGAUGACCUGACUGAAGCGGUGGCUGCGAAGGAUUCCCAGCUGGCCGUUUUGAAAGUGAGACUCCAGGAAGCUGACCAGCUGUUGAGUGCUCGCACAGAAGCACUGGAAGCCUUACAGAAUGAAAAAUCACGAAUAAUGCAGGAUCACAGCGAAGGCAGUAGCCUGCAGAAUCAGGCUCUACAAACUCUUCAGGAGAGACUGCAUGAAGCAGACGCCAGUCUGAAGAGAGAGCAGGAGAGCUAUAAACAAAUGCAGAGUGAGUUUGCGGCCCGUCUUAAUAAAAUGGAAGUAGAGCGUCUGAAUUUGGCAGAAGCAGUCACUCUGGCAGAAAGAAAAUACUCAGAUGAGAAGAAGAGAGUGGAUGAGCUACAGCAGCAGGUCAAAACGCUUAAGUCCAAUGUGGAUUCCUCCAAGCAGGAAUUAAUUGACUACAAGCAAAAAGCCACGAGAAUACUCCAGUCUAAAGAAAAGCUGAUUAACAGUUUAAAGGAAGGCUCUGGUUUUGAAGGCCUCGAUAGCAGUACUGCUAAUAGCAUGGAACUAGAAGAACUUCGGCAUGAGAAGGAGAUGCAAAGGGAGGAAAUUCAGAAACUGAUGGGGCAGAUACAUCAGCUGCGCUCUGAGUUACAGGACAUGGAAGCUCAGCAGGUUAGUGAAGCAGAAUCAGCAAGAGAACGGCUACAGGAUCUGCAAGACCAAAUAGCUGGACAGAAAGCAUCUAAACAAGAACUUGAGGCCGAGUUGGAGCGACAGAAGCAGGAAUUUCACUACAUGGAAGAAGAUCUGUAUCGAACAAAGAACACAUUGCAAAGCAGAAUUAAAGAUCGAGAAGAUGAGAUUCAGAAACUCAGGAAUCAGCUUACCAAUAAAACUUUAAGCAAUAGCAGUCAGUCCGAGUUAGAGAAUCGACUCCAUCAGCUGACAGAGACGCUCAUCCAGAAGCAGACCAUGCUGGAGAGCCUCAGCACGGAGAAGAACUCCCUCGUCUUCCAGCUGGAGCGCCUCGAGCAGCAGAUGAACUCUGCCUCUGGAAGCAGUAGCAACGGGUCUUCUAUUAACAUGUCUGGAGUUGACAGUGGAGAAGGCACACGUCUGCGAAAUGUUCCUGUUCUUUUUAAUGACACAGAAACUAACUUGGCCGGAAUGUAUGGAAAAGUCCGCAAAGCUGCUAGUUCAAUUGACCAAUUUAGCAUCCGUCUGGGAAUUUUUCUCCGAAGAUACCCCAUAGCACGAGUUUUUGUAAUUAUAUAUAUGGCUUUGCUUCACCUGUGGGUCAUGAUCGUUCUGUUGACGUACACACCAGAAAUGCACCAUGACCAACCACAUGGCAAAUGAACUCAGCCCGGCCGCUUCAGUGCUUGGUUGUCUGUCUCCAGUCUCCAGUCUGCCAAGGGGUCACUUGCUUAAACUUCCUGAGAAGGGUGCACAAGAUUAUUUUACAAGCUUUUAACUUUUUAAGUUAUUAUACAAGUACUGUGCUACCUAAAUCUUCUUCUGAUUUCCUUCAGCUGGUAAGAGUUUUCUAAAAUGAACAGCAAUUUAAUGAGCUGAGCUCUGCUUUUUCUGAGGGUCAGUGGUGCAGUGUACAUAUGUACACACAGAUGCUGGGGUUGUUUGCCUCUGUACAGACCAUCCUGUAGCUUAGGUGAUGUUCAUUAUGGGUCAUAAUCAGGGAAACUAAUUGUAUUUAGUAAUAUAAAUAAAAUGUUUUCCUUUUGAUAA